CCCCAGUUCUUCUUCCUGCGGAGAGGAAGACUCCGACCCCAUGGACUCCCCCAGUGCCCCUCACCUGGGCGUCAGGGCUGCUGUCCCCAGCAGCUUUGGGGCUGCGUAGCUGUGGCCGUGGCAGGAAGCUCAGGCCCCGUUGACAGCUCGCACGUCGAUGGCACAACCCCGAGCGGCCAUCGGGGCUUUGGUUUCCUGUCCCCUCCUCCGUGUCCCCAGCCCCGAGCCCUCCCGGCUCUUCCACGCCAUGGAGGACGAGGACGGCUACAUGGUCUUAGACCGACGGGGCAAGUGGGGUGCUGCGGGGAGCCCGGCUCACCUCCCGGGUGCAGGUAUUGGGGGUCGUGUCUGCUGGGGGUGUGUGUCCCCCGAAUUUGUGGAGGGGAGAGGAAAUACGGGUGAUGCUGACCAGUGCGACUUGAGAACGGGGAGAAGCGGGGUGACGCUGCCCAUCGGGUCCCCAAGAGCUGCUCAAGCUGGGAAACGGAGGCACGGGUUGGGAGAGGAGGGUCGGGGGGGCUUUUCUCGAGGCUGUAGCUCAUCAGACACCCUGGGCUGGUGCCGUCCUGCCUCCACCGAGCUGGGCCUCUCAGCUGUGACCCCAAAAGAGGGAGCAGAGGGAUUUGGGGGACGCCCCACUCCUGCUGCUGGUCCCUUCCUGGGGUCGCACCUUUGUGCAGGGGAGUCUGCAGGGGCUUGGGGGUCUCGCCAGGGUGCUUUGCCCCAGGACACCCUGCUUUGGGCUCUCUGGGACUGGGGGGGGGUGACAGAUGCUCUCGAGGCCCCCCACUUUUUUCCUAGCCCUUCCCCUGACCGCAGGAUCUGGGCUGCAAGACCCCCAGGGGGGUUUUGCCCCACGGUGGGCGAGUGUCCUCGCAGGAGCCCCCCACCAUCCCCGCUGCCUCCUCGGGGCCCUGGUGGCCUCCCUGGUGCUGUCCCUCGUGCUGUGCAUGUCUUGGCUGGUGGCGGAGACGGGACGGCACGAGGGGUCCGCGGGGUGCGGGAACGCGUCGCGGGGAUGCCAGUGUGCCGGCUUGGGCUGCAUCUCCCUGGAGCUGAGGAAGAGCUUGUGUCCCCUGCGAGAGGGUGAGGGGUGCAAGCUCUGCUCCACGGGCUGGAUGCUGCACGGGAGCAAGUGCUAUUGGGUGGCCGAGAGGAUCAAGCCUUGGAGCGCGAGCCGGGAGGACUGCGUGAAGCGGGGUGCCGAGCUGCUGAUGCCACAGGACCAGGAUGAGCUGGGUUUCGUAAAGGAAAUUGUGCAGAAACCCACCAGCUACUUCUGGAUCGGCCUCUCCAUCCCCCCCGGCGGGAAGGGCUGGACCUGGCUGAACGGCUCCCGCCUGGACCAGAGCCGGUUCCAGCUGAGCCCCUGGGACGAAGGCAGAAGCUGCGGGGUGGUCAGGGAGGACAGGAUCAGCUCCGACAGCUGCAGCGCGGGGUUGCAGUGGAUCUGCCGGAAAGAAGCCACACAGCUCUGAGCCGGGGACCCCGAGCUGGGCUGUGGCCGGGAGGGACGGGCCAGGAUCAGGCCCUCAGGGGGGGAACACGGGAGGCAGCGCUGGCGUUGUUGUGCGCAGGUGAAUAAUGACGCUAGCUGGGCUCCCUGUGGUGUUUUCAAGCAGGUUUGCUGACAGGCAGGGCUGGAGGGAGCGUCCUCCUGUAUCGGACCCAUCUGCGUGUGCGUGCACGCCUUCGUGCAUGUGCGUGCACGCCCUCGUGCACGCUGUACCUGUCCCUUUCUGCCCGGCAGCACUUGCCCCUGGACCUGCCUCACCCUUCCACGGCUCCGGGGUACACAGGGCCCCAUCCUGAUACAAGAUGCUUUACAUCUUCUGUUGCGAGAGGAACAGAGUGGCCUUGUUAUCCUGAGUAGUGGUGGAUAAGAAAACCUGUAUGUUGCAAAAUGCGUAAGAUAGCAGAGGAAAUUGCUUUUGGUCGACCUUGGAAUUCCCUGGGAAGAUGAGAACCAUAGGCCUUUUUAGAUAAUUCAGCUUAAAAGCGUCCAUGUGGCUUGUGUUAAAAGAAUAAAAAUCAGGAAAAGUGUUAGAGUUACUAAGGAACAUUCUUUAGGAUAACUUGUAUGAAAACUUGUAAAGUGUCCCACUGCACAAAAUCACCACAAGAGGGUGAACUAGCAGACAGUGAGGAAGACUAUCGAAGACCACCAGAGGGCCCCUGAAGACCACCAAAGAUCUCGAGUGCGCCUGCGCCAAGGACAUUUACAUAUAUCAAUGAAUGCCGGUAUUUAGAUGACUAUGUUGAUUAUUUCCAGGAAUAAUCAUGAAUAUGUAUGUCCAUUUUGUAUCUAAUCUCAACUGUUGAAAGAAUUGGCGUACACGAUAGGUGGAGCGAUCCCCCGCGCACCCAGCGCUGCAAUAAAGAACGCCUGCUUUCUUAAACUCCAACAUUGAGUCUCAGAGAGUUUCUGAAGUGCUGACUUACGGUAACCAUCCAACCCCCUGGGGAGCUGCCUGUGGGCUUUCUGCCUGUGCCAGCGUCCCCUCGAUCUUCCUCCCGGACCAUCCCCGUCCUCCGGUCGUGCUUUCACCCCAGGCACACCAGAACUCACCCAAGAAGUGGCUCAUGCCGGGAAGGGACUGAGGGGCAGCAGAGGAGACGGAUGCGGAUGCUCAUGGCCCG